ACGAGGGUGAUGGGAACCUAUGGUUAUUGUGCUCCCGACUACGCGAUGAGCGGAAAGCUUACUGUGAAGUCGGACAUAUAUAGCUUCGGCGUGGUGCUCUUGGAGCUCCUCACAGGGAGGAAAGCAUAUGACAUCACCAGGAAAGCUGGGGAGGAGAAUUUGAUCACUUGGGCGCGCCCUUUUCUUAACGAUCGACGACAGUUCACCCGGCUCGCCGACCCAUUGCUUCGAGGCCGCUUCCCGAUUCGCCCUUUUUACCAGCUUAUCAUCGUGACUUCAAUGUGCCUCCAUGAGAAGCCGAACGUUCGCCCGGCGGCUCGCGAAAUAGUCUAUGCGCUUGACCAUGUUGCCUCUCAGCCGUAUGUUGAUUCAAACCAUGUUUCUUCAUCUGCAGAAUUUCAGAGACAAAAGGAUUCUAAGAAUCGAAGCUCUUCAUUUUCUCAUUGAGACAAAUAAAUAAAUAUAUUGUAAAUGUGCAGAGAAUAAGAUAUUAACUGCAAUUUUGCUUGAUGUUGGUGUCAAUAAUGUAAUGCUGAACUGAUAUUUAUUUGACUGUAUAUUUCUUUUGAUGUGUGUUUUGUAAAACUUAUAUUUUGGGAGGAUAAUUCCUUAAAAAUGUUAAGUAA